AUGCGGACAUCUAAGAUCUCGCAAGAAACGACACGAAUAUUCAGUGCCCUAUCACAGAAUGCUCGCGUCGGUCGCACGACAAGGAGUUCCAAACGACUGGCUUCCUUUGCGCUGGGUUACGAUCCGAACGUUGAGGCAAAAGAAGAAGAUGAAGCAUCAGUGCAUGAGACGAGUGAAGGUGUCACACCGGCAGCAGAUAUCGAGGACGCUCUAAGCACGCCACCUCGCUCAAGCAGAAAGAGGAAGUUUGACGCUGACUCGCUGUUCUCUUCGACUCUUGUUACAAGCACGACCGAAUGGACCUCGCCACGCAAAAUUAAGAAGGAGGAAGAGGGUGGUGAUGGUGACGAGGCAAAACGGGAUCCAUCUCCUAGUGGGCGGGUGAGAUCAAAAGCAAAGCUUCCAGCACGGAGGACAACCUCGCCGUCAGGGACAGUGCGGAUACAUCCUCCCUCCAACUGGGCUGAGAUAUAUGAUACAGUCAAGGCUAUGCGCCAAAGAAACCCAACUGCUCCGGUGGACACCAUGGGUUGUGAAGAGCUCUUUUGGCCUGCCGCUCCGCCACGAGAGAAACGCUACCACAUUCUGACAAGUCUAAUGCUGUCCUCUCAAACAAAAGAUACGGUGACAGCAGUCGCGAUGCAACGCCUACAUACAGAAUUAGUUCCCCAGCCGCCCAUUGUGAAUGACGAGGCACAACAGUCGACCCUCACAGUCGAGAACAUAAUCGCCUGUGACCCAAAGCACCUCGACAACCUCAUCGGCAAAGUCGGCUUCCACAACAACAAAACAAAAUUCAUCAAGCAGGUCGCCACAAUCCUCAAGGCGGAGUAUAACUCCGACAUCCCCAACACGAUUGAAGGGUUGGUCCGUCUCCCAGGAGUGGGGCCGAAGAUGGCAUACCUCUGCAUGUCUGCCGCAUGGGGGAUAGAUGAAGGAAUCGGUGUGGAUGUCCACGUCCACCGCAUCACCAACCUGUGGGGAUGGCACAAAACCAAGACACCGGAAGAGACAAGGGCGUGGUUGGAAGGAUGGCUGCCCCGCGACAAAUGGCAUGAGAUCAAUAAGAUGCUGGUGGGUUUGGGCCAGACGGUAUGUCUGCCUGUGGGGCGGCGGUGUGGUGAGUGUGACCUUGCCGGAACGGGUCUGUGCAAGGCAGAGAUUCGAGGUUGGAAGGCAACAGAGAGGCGAGUAAAGAAGGAGAAGGUGGAGGUAGACGUCGAAGGCGGCGCUGUGGUCCUGAAAAAAGAGGUACAGGGCAGUAAGAGGGUUGAGAUCAAAGAAAAGGUGGAGGAAUCGUGA